AUGAAUUCGAUACAGUACACUCGCAAGAGGGUCUCCUCCCCGCAAACCACAUCAGAUUACGUCUUUCUGAUCAUCAAAAUGUCCAUCCUGGUGGCACUGUGGGCCAUAUUCACUUUCGUCCUGCUCACGUACGGGGACGAAGUAGACGAGACCUCGAUGGUGACGGUUUUGCCGAAUAAAACAGUGUACAGGACCUUCGAAAUGAAAUAUGAUUCCGUGGGCGUGAGUCUGCAAGGAGCCUUUAACCCUUACCUCACGAAACAUUGGUACAAUGCGUCCGGCUUCACGUCUAUUGGCGUUCGCUUGGAGUGGCGCAAUACCGAAAUGAAUGUCAGCUAUCUGCGCACAGACAGAUGGGAUGUGUAUAUGUCGAAGGAUAGAAAAAGGUUCGUUACGGUAAAAAAGGUCUUUCCCUUUUCCCUCACGGCUUUGUAUCAAGUACGUUCGUUGAACAAGGACCAAGGACCGCUGGAUUUUAAUGAUCGCUUUGUCUCACCCAAUGAAUGGGCGGUUGCCGAAACGGUGAUCUCCUUUGAAAGCGAAGACAAUCAUCCGGUGGGUCUGGUCGUGACGGUGGACAAUACUCCGUUGGAUGAAGUAAGAGGUUGUAUAUACGGCGCCAUCCUGAUCCUAGCCCUCUAUGUGAUAAUCGUCUGGGAAGUGGCCGAUCGAAUCCUGUGCACUCUUCUAAUAACCACUGCUUCUUUGGCUAUUCUCGCUCUGCUGGGCAAUAAGCCUUCUUUCGAUAUGGUGAUAUCAUGGGUGGACUUUGAGACACUGAUGCUGCCGAUGGGCAAUAUGAUAAUGACGUCACUGAUGGGGGAAACCGGAUUCUUCGAUUAUGCAGCCCUAGUAAGCUAUAGGAUCUCGAGAGGCCAUCCCUGGCUGCUGAUCGCCCUUUUGAGCGCCGUAGUUUCCAUGCUUUCGGUUUUCCUCGACAAUGCCACUGUGGUGCUUCUCACUUGCCCCACUGUCAUCCGAUUUUGUGAGGUCAUGGACAUCAGAACCACUCUGGUCCUGAUCAUGGUGGCAAUAUAUGCGAAUAUCGGUGGAUCCAUUACCCCCGUGGGUGGAUCGCCAAAUAUCAUUAUAGCCACCAACAAGCUAGUGGAAUCCUCUGGAAUCAAUUUCUUUAGCUUCUCUUUGCACAUGCUGCCGACUGCGUUGAUUUGUUUGCUGGUGGUAUAUGGCAUGCUCUACAUGACCCUCGGCAAGAAGAUAUUUAUUCUGGACGAGAAACAGUUGGAGUUGGCUAAGAGUAGGCAAAAGGAGACCCCCUCGGGCGACAUCGAGCACCGGGCAGAAGAAUUGAGAAGGAUGUAUUCGGGUAGGAGAUGGCUUCAGCCUGUCGACAACUUUUUUGAGACUUUGGCCACCAUGGAGGCGAGCUAUGGUAUCCGCAAGAAGAUGCUGCUGGUGUACACGCUCUUGGCCAUAUGUUUUGCCGCCGUCUGCUUGAUCCUGCAAUCGUAUCCCCAGACCGUUCCUGGGGCCUCCUUGGGGUGGAUUGCCAUUUUAGCAGCAUUUCUCCUUCUUAUCCUGGCUGACAAGAGGACACUAUAUCGUACUCUGUCCAGAAUCGAGUGGGGAGUAAUGCUCUUACUUGCCUCGCUUUUGGUUCUCACCGAGGUCGUGGGCGAACUGGGUCUCAUCGCCUGGCUGGGCGACAAGGCGGUUAUCGUAGUCGAGCAAGUGGAUGAGGAAUAUCAAAACAUGGUUGGUAUGCUCCUCGUUCUUUGGCUAUCAGCCCUACUGUCCGCCUUCAUCCAUAAUACGAUGGUGGCCUCCAUAAUGGUGAAGAUCUCCAUCGAGAUGGCCUACAAUGAUAAAGUAGUGGUGCGCCUUAUUUCCCUCGUCUGGGCGACCAGCUGCGGAUCCUGUUACGGAGCCAAUGGAACACUCUUGGGAUCCAUGGCCAACGAGUUCACCGCAGCGGUAGGCCGGGCGCACGGCUACGAAUUGAGCUUCCGUCAAUUCUUUCUGCUGGGAUUCCCCAUCAUGAUCGUCACCCUGAUCAUCUGCUCCUUUUUCCUGAUGAUGGCCAGCUCGCUGUUUUCUUGGACUGUAUCCAGUUAG